CGUCGCCACCAGCAUAAGAUACCAGAAACCAAACGCGAAACACGAAAGUGAACGAGACAAAACAAAACGCAAAAAUGCUCAAAUACGCGAUACUUCUAGUGAUAGCAAGCACCGUUUACAGCAAAGAUACAGGACAGAGAUUUGAAGAACAAUUGCUGAGUGCAUUAGAUCGAGGUUUGACUCAUACUCUAGCCUACCAUUAUCUGUGGCCGUUCAGUCAACUAGUAAGAGCAGCAGCGGAAGCUGACGAAGGCUUGGAACUCCUCCAAAUCCAAUCAGACGACAAAAAAUACGAAGUCAAUCUGAACGUGAGGAAAUUCAAACCGGACGAACUGAAAGUAAAAGUGAAAAACCAGUAUAUUUUGGUCGAAGGUAAACACAAGGAGAUUUACGCUCAGAGGCCAAUACUUACCAAUCAUUUCAUGCAACGGUUUGCGUUACCUGCCGGGAGCAAGCCUGAGGAAGUGACUGCUGUUCUGAACGAGAGGGGCAUCCUAUCAGUGUUUGCGCCAAAACAUAAGCUACCACCCCCGCCACCAGAAAGAGAUGUCCCUAUUGAAGUACGACUUCCUAUAACAACUGAAAAGCCCACGGAAGCUGCAGAGGACAAUACAACAGACAAGGUUUCUUUCAUAAACACCUCGGAAUCUAGUGAAGAAUCCACAGAAAACGUACAAAAAGAUAAAAAAGACAAUAUUACGAAGAAAGUGAAACAAGUGGACAAAAAAGAUGCGGUGAAAACUGAAUCGCCACUUUGGCAGUUGAUUGAAUCGACGACUCAUGUUGGCAAAAUAAGGAAGAAAGAGCUAAAGUCAACAACGAAAGUUGUCAGAGAAAACGAAGUCACGAAAAACGGAGAGGGCAAUGACCUGGAUGAUGUGAUUGACACAGAGGCUGUUGAAUAAGGGAAAUUUGUUUUGAGUGUGCGAAAGACUGAUUCGAAGCUUUAAGCUAUAAGUGAUACGAACGACUUUGUCGACUAGUGUGCCAAUAGUUUAAGAUGUUUUUAUGAAUAAAUUUAUUAUUUAUUAGUAUU